AUGGCAGCUACUUCAUACAUUUGGUUACCGCCCGAUAAGCAGGGUGAAUUCGAUGUCGAAAUCGGAGCACGAGUGCUUGAUCUUAGUCAAACUCAACUUAAAGUUGUUGAUGAUAAUGGAAAGGAACGAACCAUUGUUAAUGAUCCAGCCAAUUUUAAGAAAAUGCAUGCAACAUCAUUUAAUGAGAUCCAAGAUAUGAUUCAUUUGGGUGAUUUAACUGAAGGGGCAAUAUGUCGUAAUAUACUUUUACGUUACAAUAAAGACAAAAUCUAUACUUAUAUCGGAUCAAUUUUAAUAGCCGUAAAUCCAUAUGCACAACUUGAUUUAUAUAAUCAAGAGUAUUUACGUAAAUAUCGUAAUAGAAAAUUUGGCGAAUUAGAACCACAUACAUUUGCUAUUGGUGAUAAUGCUUAUCAAAAUAUGUUACGUGAACGUAGUGGUCCCGAUGCGAAAUAUAACCAAUGUGUUAUUAUCAGUGGCGAAUCAGGUGCUGGUAAAACUGAAUCUACCAAACAUAUUUUACAAUGCUUAGCUGCUAUAAGUGGAGCGAAGAAAAAUUCCAGCAUUGAACAACAAAUACUCGAAGCUAAUCCAAUUAUGGAAGCUUUUGGUAAUGCCAAAACAGUUCGAAACGAUAAUAGUAGUCGAUUUGGAAAAUAUAUAACAGUAAAUUUUGAUAGUAACGGUGCUAUUGCUAAUGCAUUUGUUGAUCAAUAUUUACUUGAAAAAAUUCGCCUUGUUUCACAAGCAAAAGAAGAACGAAACUAUCAUAUAUUUUAUUGUGUGUUAGCCGGUUUAGGUAAUGAAGAACGAAAUAAAUUACGAUUAACAAAAGCAGCGGAUUAUAUGUAUUUGAAUAAAAGUACACCAAAAUGUGAUACACGUAAUGAUGCUGAAGAAUGGAAAGCAAUUCGACAUGCAUGCAAAGUUUUAAUGUUUACCGAUGACGAACUCUUUGAAAUUUUACGCGUAUUAGCUAUUGUUUUGCAUCUUGGAAAUAUUCAAUAUACUGCACAAUCAUCAAAAGGCAUAGAUAGUGUAACAAUAAAAGAUUCAAAAUUAGCCGAGUUUAUUGCAUCGCUUCUUGAAGUUGAUGCUAAACAAUUGAAUAAUGCAUUAGUGACACGAACUCUUGAAGUUCAGGAUAGUAAAGUAGCAAGAACGUUGAGUGCAUCAUCUGCCGCCGAUGUCAGAGAUGCAUUCGUCAAAGGAAUAUAUGGACAAAUGUUUGAAUGGUUAAUUGGGCGAAUCAAUAUGACGAUGCAUAAUAAAAAUAAUGCGAAUCGUCAACUCCAAUCAGAUGAGCAAUUACGAUCUAUUGGUGUUCUUGAUAUAUUUGGUUUUGAAAAAUUUGAGCAAAAUAGUUUCGAACAAUUAUGUAUUAACUAUACAAAUGAAGAAUUACAACAAUUUUUCGUGCAUCAUGUAUUUAAACUUGAACAAGCAGAGUAUGAAAAGGAAGGGGUUAAUUGGAAAAAAAUUGACUUUCGUGAUAAUCAAGAUAUAAUUGACUUGUUAGCACGCAACCGUAUGAGUAUUAUAGCAAUGAUUGAUGAAGAAAUGAUUGUACCUCAAGGCACCGAUACAACAUUAUGUGCUAAACUUCAACAACAACAUGGGAAAAAUAAACAUUUUAUUAGUCAAUCAGCGCGUCAAACACAAAAGUCAUUGGUAUUCGGUGUUCAACAUUUCGCUGGGCCAGUUUCAUAUGAUUGUCGUAAUUUUCUUGAAAAAAAUCGUGAUACCUUCAGUAACGAUUUGAAACAAGUUUUGUCCAGAAGUACGAAUCGUUUGAUUAAAACAAUAUUUCCAUUGGAAGCAUUACAUCUUGAUGAUAAAAAACGUAAACCAUCAUUAGCUACACAAUUUCGUAAAUCACUUGAAGUUCUUCUCAAUACUCUUCGUCAGUGUGAACCGUCCUUCAUUCGUUGUAUUAAACCAAACGAAUUUAAAGCUGUUCAUAAUUUCGAUCGAGAACGCGUUGUACAACAACUUCGUUAUUCCGGCAUGAUGGAAACAAUAAAGAUUCGUCGUAUUGGUUAUCCUAUACGACAUGACUUCAAUGAGUUUGUUCAUCGUUACGCUGCUAUUGCACCAGCUCUUGAACGUAUGCAUAAACAAGCUGAAGCUCGUGGUGACCGUGGUGAUCAACGAACAAUAGCAAUAAAAAUCUGCGAAAUAGCAUUACCUGGACAAGAUUAUCAAAUAGGAAAAAAUAAAGUCUUUCUUAAAGAUGAACAUGAUGCUAUGUUAGAACAAGCAAGACAAAAGGUUCUUGCUGAUCGUAUAUUAGCAUUACAAAAAGCCGUACGUCGUUAUUAUGCUCAACGGCAAUUUCAGCGAGCGAAAAAAUUAGCUUUAUGGUUACAACAAUCAUGGUUAUGUUACGCUGAAAGACGUGCUUAUUGCGAGAUGCGCAAUGGUUUUCGACGUUUACAAGCAGUAUAUGAUAUGCAACAUAUUGGUGAAAAACAAAAACUUUACUAUGAAACUUUACCACGUAUUCAGACCCUAGGCAAAGCAUAUUUGGCACGAAAAAAUGCGAAAAUGCGUCCGAAAGCUUUUGGAAUUCUUCAAGAAAAGAUUUUACAAUAUUUAGGAUGGCGUGAUUUUCGCCGUGAGCAAGUUAAGGCAUUGAAAUUAGAAGAAUAUGAAAAAUUUCGCAGUGAAGAAGAACAAUUAUUAACACCAGAAUUAGGACCAGAAAAAGCUCAUGAAGCAGCUCAAGCAGCGUAUGAUGCACGUUUAGUUAAUUUAGAAGAAGAUAUACGCGAACAAUUGCGUGCAGAUAUUAUACGAGCUCGUGAAAAACAAUCAGGCAUUAAAAGACGCUAUCGCGAUGAUAAUGCAAACGGUGAAGAUGGUCUACCAGGGUCUCAACGUCAAUUAAAACAAGAAUCAGAUCCAUUUAAAACUGAUGUCUCACGAAAUUCAUUUGAGAAAUUCGCUGCGAAAUAUUUUCAGCAUGGCUACGAUAGUAAACAUACAUCAACUGAAAUCAUUCGACCGUUACUUGAUCUUAAAUCUGGUGUCGAUCAAAAGGCAGCAAUAGCAACAUUCCAAAUGAUAAUGAGAUUUAUGGGCGAUAUGGAAGAUAUUACUCCACCACCUACAAAAGGUACAAAAAAUGAUAAAGAAACUCAACGUUUAGAAUCUCAAUAUGAUAUUAUUGUGUCUGAACUUUAUCCAAUCAUUGCGCAACAACAUCAAAUGAAACUUGAAGAAGAAGAAGAUCCGUAUGAGAAGAAAAAAACGAAAAAUAUUCGUACAAAAGCUCUGGAUCGUAUUCGAGCAUUCAGCAAAAAAUCAGUUUAUCUUGAAGAUCGGUUAAAAAAUGAAAAUCCAUUUAUUGAAGAUCGUUAUUUAACAUCAUUAGAGAAAAUUCAAAUGAUUACAAUACUAGGUAUUAUUCGUCGUCGAUUAAGAGAUGAAAUAUUAUGUCAGAUUUGUAAACAACUAAAUGAUCAUCCAGCCAUGCGUGAGAAGAAAAGUCGAAAUCCGGAAAAAUCUGAACAACGUGAAAAAUCCUAUAUGCGUGGAUGGUUUCUUCUUUGUUUAUGUUUGUAUUCAUUUCCACCUGGUUCAAAUUUAGUUCGAUUUCUUCGAAAUUUUGCUCAAAACGGUCCACCAAGUCUUGCUAAUUUCGCUGAAUUUGUAUUAAAACGAACAUAUGUGAAUGGAAACCGAAAUGAGCCAUUGAGCAUGGAAGAAAUAAAUGCUAUUCAAAAAUCAUCACCAUUGCAAAUCAAUGUUAAACUUAUUCAUAGUCUAGAUACGCUGCCCAUUUGUUGCGAUGCAGCGACAAUAGCCGAAGAAGCCUGUAUAGAAUUGGCAAAAAAAUUAAAUAUUACGGAAACAUUUGGUUGGUCUCUAUUUGCAGAAUCAAAAUCCGAAGGUUAUUCUAUUGGUUUCAAUAAAGAUCAUCUAUUCGAUAUAUUAUCUCGUCUCGAAAUGGGACAAGUACAAAAAGGAGAAGAUCCUCGUAAGGUUGAUAUUACUUUUAUUUUUUGUAAACAAUUAUUUGCUCCAUGGGAAAAUCUUGAUGAUGAUCCUAUUUCGAUUGAUCUUAUCUAUGAACAGAUUCUUAAUGGUAUGUAG